AAGAAAACAAAAUCCAGAGAGAGAGAGAGAAGAAAAAGCACCAAAUUAGUAACAGAUUCUCAGAAACCGUAAAGCGAGAGAGAGAGAGAGGAGCCGACGCGUUAACCGGAAAUGCUGACGUGUAUAGCUCGUCCGAAGAAAGCCGGCGACGACUCACUGAGUCAACCCGACGAUCCGGACUCGAAGCACCUGAAAUCCCUAACAUCUCAGGAGGAUAUUUUCGUCAAAAAACCAUGGCAGCUAAAGGACAUGGCGUUGAAGGCGUCGGGAGCAUACCGGCAUUGCACGCCGUGCACUGCGGGUCAGGGCCGGAUCAAGAACCCGACGGGGUCGGAUUCCGAUUCGGAUCGGUUUAGGAUGUCGUACGGGCGGACGAACAGUUCGUCGAGCUGGGCGACGCCUAGGGUUUGGGGGAAGGAGAUGGAGGCGAGGCUGAAGGGGAUAUCGAGCGGCGAGGCAACUCCGAAAUCGGCGAGUGGGAGAAACCGAGUCGACCCGGUCGUGUUCGUGGAGGAGAAAGAGCCGAAGGAGUGGGUAGCUCAGGUAGAGCCAGGUGUUCUCAUCACCUUCGUCUCUCUCUCUGGCGGAGGAAACGAUCUCAAGCGAAUACGUUUCAGCCGAGACAUGUUCAACAAAUUGCAAGCUCAGCGAUGGUGGGCAGAUAACUAUGAAAAAGUUAUGGAACUGUACAAUGUUCAAAGACUGAACCGCCAAGCUUGCCCGCUUCCCACGCCACCACGGUUUGAAGACGAGAAUGCAAAACUGGAGUAUGCAGAAGAUAGUCCUGCAACACCACCAUUAAACAGAGAACGGCUGCCACGUAACUUGCAUCGGCCGACAGGGCUGACUUACUCAUCUUCAGAUUCACUCGACCAUAAUCCAAAUCAAAGCCACCACUUUUACGACUCUGGAGGACUCAACUCGACUCCUAAACUUUCCAGCAUUAGUGGAGCCAAAACGGAAACAUCUUCCAUGGAUGCCUCCACCAUCAGAAGCAGCUCAUCAAGAGAGGCAGAUCGGUCGGAAGAUAUGUCAAUAAGCAAUGCCAGUGAUCUUGAAAAUGAAUGGGUCCAACAAGAUGAACCGGGUGUUUAUAUUACCAUUAGAGUUUUACCAGGAGGUAAAAGAGAGCUCAGACGAGUCAGAUUCAGCCGAGAAAGAUUUGGGGAGAUGCACGCGAGACUCUGGUGGGAAGAGAACCGAGCAAGGAUACAUGAACAAUACUUGUGAUCAUCAUCAUUAUCAUCAUGUGAAUGAAAUGGUUGAAGCUCUACAAGGGUUUGUGUUUUUUAUUCUGAUGAUGACUCUCUUCUGGUUCACUCUUGGUAUACCUUUUUUUUUUCGGGUUAAAGCUCUGUCCAUGUCUUCAACAGGUACUUCUUGUACCUGGAAGAAUUGUCACCCAUCAGUGUGGAAUAUUUCAGAGGUUUCGACCUUCAACACCGUCAAAAAAAAUGUCGUAAUUACUAUAUUACUCUUGUUCUAUGUAUUGUUAUGGAAGUGUUGAACUCAAUCUUUGGACUCUCUCUCUCUCUAUAUAUAUAUAUCUCUGAAAUGCAUGUUUACAUUCAGAUGGAUAAAAGGGAAUGGAAUGUGUGUAUUUGGGACCGAA